AGGAAAAGGAAAGAAAAACAAAACAAAAACGAAGCUCCUCUGGCUGGGUAGUUGGUGCCAAAUCGAGCGCUUUCCCUUUCUGGCUCUCGAUUCUCUCUUCAAAUCCCUAAUUCGAUCUAUCGUUUUAAUUUUUGGAUCUCGAGGUUUUCAUUGCAUCACAGCUCAUUUAGGGAAAACUGGAGGGUUAAAUUGGUCUGGAACUUUUUUGUAGAUCGUUAGGGUUAGAUCAUCGGUUUUUUAGAUGGCUACGAAUCCUCCAUUUAAUGUGAUGGAGGAUCAGACGGAUGAGGAUUUCUUUGAUAAUUUAGUUGAUGAUGAUGAUUUUAGACCCACUAAUUCGGAUUCAGCCCCUAAGUUCACUGAGGGAAGCGAUUCCGAUGAGGCGAAAGCCUUUGCCAAUCUCAGUAUUGAGGAUGCAAAAGGUGGAUUCGAAGGGAAGGGUGAAAUCAAUUCGGGCGAUGAUGCUGCAGGAUUGGAUGAUGUGAAGGCGGAAGAGAGUAAUGCAUUGGAGUUGGUGAAUCCGCUGAGCUUGUCUGAUGAGUUGGUUGAGUCUAAUAAUGAUGGGAUUGGAUCUGCGGUUGUGCCUGAGGCUAUAGUUAGUCAAAGUAGUGAAUCCAUGAAAUCAGGGGUUAAGGAAGUGGGCUGGGGUUCAUUUUAUGCAGGUUCUGCAGAGAAUGGGUUUGGUUCAUCCACUGAUUUCUUUAAUGAUUUUGGAGGCAUUUCAGAGGAUUUUCCUGUGAAAACAGUUGAAAGUGUUGGUAAUUUAGAGAACACAGAUUGUGGUGGAUUGGAUAAUUCGGUCUGUUACCAGAAAUAUCAAGAUGGUGGUCAUGUUUAUGCAGGAUCGGUGGAGAAUGUGAAUGAGCAGGACUUGAAUAGCAGUCAGCACUGGGAAAACAUGUACCCUGGAUGGAAGUAUGACGCAAACACUGGGCAAUGGUAUCAAGUGGAUGCUUUUGAUGCUACGGCAAGCGUGCAAGGAAUUGUUGAUGGUGCUUUGGGGGGUGAAUGGGCUUCAGCUUCUGCCUCUGAUGGGAAAACAGAGGUUAAAUAUUUGCAGCAGACUUCACAGUCUGUGGUGGCAACUGUGGCUGAGACUAGUACAACCGAGAGUGUGUCUAGCUGGAAUCAGGUUUCCCAAGGGAAUAAUAAUGGUUACCCUGAACACAUGGUUUUUGACCCACAAUAUCCUGGUUGGUAUUACGACACAAUGGUAGGGGAAUGGUGCUCUCUGGAAAGUUACACAUCAUCAGCAAAAUCAACAACUGUUAAAACUAAUGGUCAGCAGAAUCAAAAUGGAUUUGCAUUUAGUGAUCCAUAUUCGCAAAAUAGUAGUAGCACAUAUGCUGAGUAUGGGCAAGCUGGCAAGUACGGUUCACAAGGCUAUAAUAGCCAAGGCCAACAUGGCAGCUGGGAUGAGUCUUAUGGCAACAAUCAGCAGAAUUUGAAUAUGUGGCAACCUCAGACUACUGCUAAGAUAGAUGCUGUUUCGAAUUUUGGUGGAAACCUGCAAUUAGAUAAACCAUAUGGUUCAAACUUUUCCAUGAACAACCACGCGGAUCAGCAGAAACCUAUCAAUUCUCUGGGGACGGUUCCAUCAUAUGACAAAGCAAGUCAAAGUAAUGCUGAGGCUAAUGAGCUUGUUGGGUUGCAAAAUUUUGUACCUGGUGGGAGCUUCAGUCAGCAGUAUAAUCAGGGAACUGUAAAGCAGAAUGAACAAGCAAACUUUUCAAAUGAUUACAGUUGCAGUCAGGAACAAGUAAGUGUCACCCAUCAAUCAUUUCAGAGUAACCAGCAGUUUUCUUGUGCUCCCAACACAGGGAGAUCCUCUGCUGGCCGUCCUCCACAUGCAUUGGUUACUUUUGGAUUUGGUGGGAAGCUCAUAGUAAUGAAAGAUGGCAGUUCUCUCAGGAACACAUACUUUGGCAACCAGGAUCAUGUAGGAGGCUCAAUCUCUGUAAUGAAUUUGAUGGAGGUUUUGUCAGGGAGUAGUGAUAAUUCUUCGAGUGUUGGAGGGAGCACUUGCUGUUAUUUUGAUGCUCUCUGCCAACAGUCCUUUCCAGGUCCAUUGGUGGGUGGCAAUGUUGGAAAUAAAGAGUUGAAUAAGUGGAUUGAUGAGAGGAUUGCACACUGUGAAUUGCCUGAUGUGAAUCAUAAAAAAGGCAAAGCAUUGAGGUUGCUUCUUUCUUUGCUUAAGUUAGCUUGUCAACAUUAUGGAAAACUUCGAUCAUCUUUUGGAACUGACAAUUUAUUAAAGGAGAGUGAUGCUCCAGAAUCAGCAGUUGCAGAACUUUUUGGAUCUGUCAAGAGGAAUGGCACCCAAUUCAGUGAGUUUGGUGCCCUUGACCACUGUUUGCAGAAUGUGCCGUCUGAAGGACAAAUUAGGGCAACUGCUUCUGAGGUACAACAUCUUCUGGUUUCUGGUAGAAAAAAAGAGGCCCUACAAUGUGCACAAGAAGGCCAGUUGUGGGGACCUGCACUUGUUCUUGCAUCACAGCUGGGUGAUCAGUACUAUGUCGAUACUAUCAAGCUAAUGGCACUUCGCCAGCUGGUUGCUGGAUCUCCUUUGCGGACAUUAUGCUUGCUAAUAGCAGGGCAACCAGCUGAGGUAUUUUCCACAAAUGCUACUGGACAUGGUGGCCUUCAAGGUGGUUUUAGUACACCUCAACAACCUGUACAGCUUGGGACAAAUGGAAUGCUUGAUGAUUGGGAAGAGAAUUUGGCUGUAAUAACUGCAAACAGAACAAAAGAUGAUGAACUUGUGCUCAUACAUCUUGGAGAUUGCCUAUGGAAGGAUAGAAGUGAGAUUACUGCUGCACACAUCUGCUAUUUAGUAGCAGAAGCAAACUUUGAGUCGCAUUCAGACACUGCAAGGCUAUGCCUAAUUGGAGCAGAUCACUGGAAGCAUCCUCGAACAUAUGCUAGUCCAGAGGCUAUUCAGAGAACUGAGUUGUAUGAAUACUCAAAGGUGCUUGGUAACUCCCAGUUUAUCCUGCUGCCAUUUCAGCCAUAUAAGCUCAUAUAUGCAUACAUGCUGGCUGAAGUGGGCAAAGUCUCUGAUUCACUCAAGUAUUGCCAGGCUGUUUUAAAGUCCCUAAAAACUGGUCGAGCUCCAGAAGUAGAAACAUGGAAACAAUUAGUACUGUCCCUUGAGGAAAGAUGUAGAGCCCAUCAGCAGGGUGGAUACACCACAAAUUUGGCUCCUGCAAAGUUAGUUGGCAAGUUGCUCAACUUUUUUGAUAGCACUGCACAUCGUGUUGUUGGGGGCCUACCACCACCGGUACCAUCAGCAUCGCAAGGAAGUGUGCAAGAUAGCCAUCACCAACUGGUGGCUCCCAGAGUCUCAGGCAGUCAGUCAACAAUGGCCAUGUCAUCACUAAUGCCUUCUGCUUCAAUGGAGCCCAUAAGUGAAUGGGCAGCUGAUGGAAAUAGAAUGACAAUGCAUAACAGAAGCGUUUCAGAGCCAGACUUUGGUAGAAGUCCAAGACAGGUUGAUUCAUCAACAGAAGGAACUUCAUCCGGUGCACAAAGCAAGGCAUCAGGCCCAGUGGUGUCAUCUCGGUUUGGUCGUUUUGGUUUUGGUUCACAACUCUUGCAGAAGACUGUGGGGCUAGUCUUAAGACCUCGGUCAGACAAGCAGGCUAAAUUAGGUGAAAAGAACAAAUUUUAUUAUGAUGAAAAGCUCAAGAGAUGGGUGGAGGAAGGUGCUGAACCCCCAGCUGAAGAACCAGCCUUGGCUCCCCCUCCGACAACUCUGGGCUUCCAGAAUGGAGGGUCUGACUACAACUUGAAAUCCUCAUUGAAGAGUGAUGUAUCUUCAGCAGAUGGGAGCCCACCGUUUAAGAGUCCCACUCCAAUGGACCGUGCCUCAGGGAUUCCACCUAUUCCAAUCGGUUCAAAUCAAUUCUCAGCUCGCGGGCGCAUGGGUGUGCGAGCAAGGUAUGUUGACACCUUUAACCAAGGGGGUGGAAGCCCAGCAAAUCUGUUCCAGUCCCCGUCUGUUCCAUCUGUCAAACCUGCUGUUGCUGCAAAUGCAAAGUUUUUUGUUCCCACACCUGCACCACCACAUGAAUAUUCUAUGGAAGCUAUAGCAGAAAACAUACAAGAAGACAGUGCAACUACUGAAAACCCUUCAACAUCUAAUAUGAACAAGAAUGGCCCUUCACAUCCUUCAACAUCUUCAGCACUAACUAUGCAAAGAUUUUCAAGCAUGGAUAACAUUACAAGGAAGGGGGCCAUGAUAAAUGGCAAUGGCCCUGUUUCAUCUCACUCCCGACGAACAGCAUCUUGGAGUGGGAGCUUCAGUGAUUCAUUUAGUCCUCCCAAGGCGGUAGAAUCCAAAUCGCAAGGGGAGAUGUUGAGCAUGUCCCCUUCAUCAUUUAUGCCUAGCAACCAUUCCAUGACUCGUAUGUCAAGUAGUGGCAGUUUUGGCGAUGACCUUCAUGAGGUGGAGCUUUGAUUUGAGUACUGGAGAUGUGCAUACCAAGUUUUGUUCCUUGUGGUCGAUGCAAUACUCGGAUGGGAACCAUCCAGCACGUCUUGGAAGAUGUUUGGUGGUGCUGCAUCAGAAUGGGGUCAUGGAGAAGCAGAACAUGUUUUCUAUCAAACCUUACACAAUCCAUUCCCCUCUUAAAUUUAUGUUCAAAUGCAGAUGGCUAAUGUAUUACUAUAAUCUUAAGCCUAGAUUUUGUUUGAAUAUCACAGGAGUUGCUACCAUCUGAAGUUUGAGGAGCUGGUUUCUUAAACAUAAAUCAAAGAGAGCCUGCAAUGGCACAAUUGUACAGCUAGUUCAUUUGUUCAUUUGUUGGGCAGAGGAAAUGUCCAUUGAAGUAGAUAGUAGAAAGUCCCCAGAGGUCAUUUCAAGGGGAACAUAGUGUACUCAUUUUCUCUGAAAAAAGAAAAAUAAAACGUUUUGAUUGUUCAAUUGCAUUCCCAUAUAUGCCUUUUGAAGCUUAA